AUGUCGCGUCCUCCUUUAAAUCCUGAAAAGACCGUUGCCGGCAUUACAGUUGAUCCCCAAACUCUCGAGCGCGUUAUCCCAGAAUCACGCCGCCCAGAUGGAACUGUUCGCAAACAAAUUAAAAUCCGACCAGGAUUCACACCACAGGAAGACGUUCGUCGGUUCCGCGGGACAAAGCAGGCCCAGAUGGAUGCAAACGCACUGCCAAAGGGGCAUAUCAUUGGUUGGGCUCCGCCUCCUACAAGCACGGCUGCAUCAAAUUCGGCUGGAAAGCCCCUAUCUAAGAGCGCAAAGAAGAAUCUAAAGCGCAAAGAGAAAAGGGAGAAGGAGAAAGAGGACAAGGCAGAUGUUCCAGAGAACUGGGAUGAUGAUGAUGAUGAUAAACCAACGCCGACUACGACCAAGGAAUCAGCGAAUGCAGAAAAGCCUGCUGCAACAACGACAGAAAGGACGUCUUCGACACCUGAUGCCACAGCGGAGCUAUCCAACAAACUUGAGAAGCUUGACGUCAAAUAG